UCCUGCAGCUUUUUCCACCAGCAGCUCUCACAGUCUGUGCACCGUCCCAGCAGCACAUCUGCACCGCGCGCACAUCUGCCCUGCUGCUGUUCCUGCUGCACAUCUGCAGAGCCGCUUCGCCGCGCGCUUCUCUCGCAUACAAAAGAGAAGAAAAUGUGAACCCGGUACUUCGCAGCGAAGGCUGAUAUCACAGCGUACUUCUGAGGCCUCCGGAGCGGAGCGGCUUCUUCAACAUGGAGCUUUUGGUUUGGCAGAUCAGCACUGUUCUCACACUGGUGACCUCUGGGAUUCAGGGGGUAUUGAGCGAGUCCCAGAGCGCUUACUUCCUGCCUGAAUUCGCACUGUCUCCACAAGGAAGCUUUCUGGAGGACACGACAGGAGAGCAGUACCUCACUUACCGCUAUGACGAUCAGUCAUCAAGAACCACGCGCUCAGAUGAAGAGAGGGACACUGGGUGGGAUGCCUGGGGAACCUGGAGCGACUGCUCGCGCACCUGUGGGGGCGGAGCCUCCUAUUCUCUCCGCAGGUGUCUGAAUGGAGGGAAUUGUGAAGGGAGGAACAUCCGUUACAGAACGUGCAGCAACACAGACUGCCCUGCAGAGUCAGGUGAUUUCAGAGCUCAACAGUGCUCUGCCCACAAUGACAUCAAAUACCAGGGACAGACGUACGAGUGGAUUCCGGUCAGUUAUGACCCCGUCUCGCCAUGCACUCUGAGGUGCCAGGCCCGAGGCAAAAGUCUGGCAGUGGAACUCGCGCCAAAAGUUCUGGACGGCACUCGAUGCAAAGCAGACUCUCUGGACAUGUGCAUUAAUGGCAUUUGCCAGGAGGUGGGCUGUGACAGACAGCUGGGCAGCAAUGCGAAAGAAGAUAACUGCGGAGUCUGUGCAGGGGACGGCUCCACCUGUCGGCUCGUCCGAGGCCAGGCAUUGCCCCAUGUUUCUCCAGAUGAACCGGUGAAGACGGUGAUCGAAGUUCAACUGGGCAGCCGCAAUCUGCGCCUAACAGCCAAGGGCCCAGAUAUGAUCGUGAUCGAAGCCCACACACCUGGUGGACGGAGAGAGGAGUUAGCCUUCACCUCCACAGGGUCGUAUACACUGGCUAACAACACUGUGGACUACCAGAAAGGAAGCGAGAGACAAACUCUGCGCUGUCACGGGCCUCUGUCUGCAGACUUCACCAUCAAGCUGAAGUAUGCUGCUCCCAAAGACACGGUGAUGCAGUUCAUGUUCUACCAGCCCAUCCGCUACCAGUGGAGAGAGACGGACUUCUUCCCCUGCUCCGUCACCUGUGGAGGAGGCUACCAGCUGAACUCGGCCGACUGCGUGGACAUCCGCUACAACAAGACCGUCCCGGACCACCACUGCCACAGCUACCCGGAGAACAACAAACCGAAGCCCAAGCUGAAAGAGUGCAACAUGGACCCCUGCCUCGAAAGUGACGGCUUCAAGGAGGUGAUGCCUUACGAUCAUUUCCAGCCUCUUCCACGGUGGGAGCAGAACCCCUGGACGUCAUGCUCGGUGUCGUGCGGCGGGGGCUCUCAGGAGCGCUCAGUGGUGUGUGUGGAGGAGGACAUGCAGGGGCAGCUCGUUCAGGUGGAGGAGUGGAAAUGCACACACUCUCCUCGGCCCACCAACAAACAAACAUGCAACAACUUCUCCUGUCCUAAAUGGGUCGCAAUGGAGUGGUCUCAGUGCACAGUGACUUGUGGGCGAGGUUUGAGAUACCGUGUGGUUCUCUGCAUUGACCACAAUGGUCAGCACACUGGUGGCUGCAGCUCCAGCCUCAAACCCCACAUUAAAGAGGACUGUCUGGUACCCAUCGCCUGCCACAAACCCAGAGAGAGCAUACCUGUAGAGGCCAAACUCCCUUGGCUAAAACAAGCACAAGAGCUGGAGGAGACCAAAGUGGCCACGGAGGAUCCGACGUUUAUCCCGGGCCCGUGGUCGUCCUGCAGUGCCUCGUGUGGUGUUGGUCUGCAGAAGCGCUGGGUGAAGUGUAGAGUGCUGCUGUCCUUCACGCAGGCUGAGGUGGAUCUGCCGGAGGAGGAGUGCAGUGGGGAGAAGCCUGCGCUGCAGAGGGCCUGCAUUGUGGGCCCCUGUCCUGGAGCCCCAGCAUCCCCUCAGUGGCCCGUGGAGUCCCAACUCAAUCCCACACAGCAGGGCUACCUGUGGGAAUACAGAGGCUUCACACCCUGUACUGUCUCCUGUGGUGUAGGCAGUCAGACGGCCAUUCUUCGCUGUGUUAGAGCAGGGAGGCAGGAAGUGGUAGAGGAUUUUUUCUGUGAUGAGUCAACGAGACCCCCUGCCAUGGUCCGUAUCUGUAACCCUCAGCCGUGUCCCGCUAGGUGGGAGGUAAGUGAGUGGUCUCAUUGCUCAGAGCCAUGUGGUGUGGGUCUGCAGACACGCAGUGUGUGGUGUGUCAGGUCUGUAGGGGGUAACAUCACAGAGCCAGUGGAGUUGUCCGAGUGCAGAGAGAACAGACCCCCAGAGCUACAGGCCUGCAACCAGCACCACUGCCCACCAACCUGGGAGGCAGAGGAGUGGCAGCAGUGCUCUCAGGCAUGUGUGAGGGGAACACAGUGGCGGAAGGUUUACUGCAGGCAGCGUCUGGCCGGCGGGAGCUUCCGGAAGCUUCCAGAUGAAGAGUGUGACGGAGUUAAGCCUGCUACACACCGGCCAUGCACAGACACACACUGUCUACAGCCCCACCUGGACGGGGGAGAGUGGUCCAAGUGCUCUGUGACCUGUGGAAAGGGGAUCCAGCGCAGGGAGCCUGUAUGUAGAAGGCUGACAGUGUCUGGGCAGCUAGUCACUCUGGACAGAUCCGCCUGCAGCGGCCUUCAAGCCCCACCGCUAAUCAGAAGCUGCCGCAUGAGCCCCUGCAAUAAGCACAAGUACGCCAAGAAACGAUGCCCUCAGGUUCUGGGCCUCAAACGCAUCUACAUCCAGACAAGGCAGGAGAAAAGGUUGAGUUUCACCAUCGGUGGACGAGCUUAUCUGCUUCCAAAGACUUCCAUAGUCAUCAAGUGUCCAGUACGCCACUUUUCCAAAGCUCAAAUCCACUGGGAGAAGGAUGGCCAGGACCUUCAGAAUUCCAAACGUCUAAGCAUCACAAAAAGUGGAGCUUUGAGGAUAUACAGCUUAGAGGCUGGAGACAUUGGGCAGUACAGCUGUUGGGCCAACCAGGCCUCAGACAUCUUCAUCCUGAAACUUAUAGGCCAUGAUAACAGGCUUCUGGAGCAUCCUGAGGGAAAGAGCUUGGGGAAGGAAAAAAAUAACAGUGGAUCCAAGACUUUCCUCAACAAGGAGGGAGGUUAUGUUAGUACCAAAUGUCAGGACCAGGAUGAAUUACCCCUUGUCAAGAAGUUCCAAAAACCAGGUCAAAGUUGGAUGCAAAAGAAUGAGUUUUAUCUAGAUGAAGGCCAGGCUAAGGAGGGGCCAAUGGCUUUGGGGAACUAUUUCCUUGCCUCUAGUUCUGCCAGUGAUUCCCUGCUUUCGGCAGCUUCUGGAGCUUUCAACCUAGAACCAUCUCAGUUUGAGGAACUGAUGAAAAAUAUCAGCCAGCUUGCAGAAAGUGGAGAUGUAACAGAUGAUCUUGCCUCCCAACUUAUUGGCAAGUUCAUGGAAGAGAUGACAGCAAUGCAGGCCACCUCAGAUAAGGGGGCAACCACUCAAGAGAACACACCGGUGGGUAAACAUCUAGACAGGACUCCAAACUCCUCAGAACGCUCUGGAACGAAGAAUUUGAAAAGCCAAGCCGUCAUCAUUCGCCACGAGCAGCAUGGGUCCACCAUGAGCUUCCAGAGGGACCUCCGGAUCAAUAUAGGCCGGACUGCCUACAUAACCAAUGCCACUCACAGUCUGACAAUUCUAUGCUCAACUCAGGGGGUCCCUCCACCAGCUGUGUCCUGGACGAAAGAUGGACUACCCCUGGGAGACAGGGGAUCGUGGGAUAGCUCUGGAGGACUGCACAUCGCCAGCCCCGGCGCCAGAGAUGCUGGAAUCUACAGGUGCACGGCCAGCAAUGAAAUGGGAUCUGACUCCGAAACAACGCAAGUGCUUUUGGCUGAACUACCUGCUAUCAUGGCGUCUACAAGGAACGUGUCAGAUCUCCACAGUGCCACUCUGAGGGUGCCAGUAGGGAGCAGAAUCAGUGUCCGUUUAGGUGCCAACCUCACUCUGGACUGCCCUGUAACAGGUGUUCCUCAGCCAUCAGUGAGCUGGCACCGGUUGGAGGGUUCUCUGAGCUCUGGGGCCGUCCCGCUCCCGAACGCCUCCCUGCUGCUCCAGAACCUAACGCUGCAGGACGACGGCACCUACACCUGCAUGGCAGCGAAUCCCAUUGGCAAAGCAGUGUCUUCCAGCAUCAUCCAUGUGACAGCGCUCACAACAUCUUCAGAGCAGAAGGAGGGGAACAGGAAACGAGUGGUGAUGGCUUCUCGGACCGGCACCGUCAUCACCGUCACACCAGGGGAUGUUCUGAGAAUAGGCUGUCCUGUCGUCCCAAGUCAUAGGAGGCCUAUUAAGUGGACAUUUCAGAACCAAACCCUGAAGCAGGCAGCAGGGCUGCACUACCGCAUGCUGGUCAGCGGCCGCGUCCUGGAGAUCAACACGCUGACCGGCAGGUUUGAAGGACGAUACGGGUGCCAAACAAACACCAAUGACCAGCUCAUCUCUGCCUGGAUUCGGGCUCUUUCACAAGAGUUUGAGUGGCGUUUAGGUGAGUGGAGUUUGUGUAGUGCGAGCUGUGGAAACAGAGGCUCUCAGGUCAGAAAGACUCAGUGUGUUGGUGCUGAUGGUCAGGAAACACACCUGUCCUCCUGCCACAAUCGUCCCAGACCGGUGUCCCGCCCACAGCCAUGCAACCUCCACCACUGCCCCCCCAGCUGGGUGUCCACCGUCUGGUCUAAAUGCUCCUCAUCAUGUGGCCGAGGUGUCCAGCAGAGGCAGGUUUCCUGUCAGCGUCUGGAAGCCAGUGGGAGCAUGCGGGUUUUGCCCAACUCAGAUUGUGAGGGGACCCCUAGACCAGAGGACAGCGAGGAGUGUGUAUCAGACGCCUGUGCUGAGUGGGUCACCGGGUCAUGGGGACAGUGUUCUGGCCGCUGUCUGGGUCCGGCCGUGUCCACUCAGAGCCGGACAGUUUCCUGCAGACAUCUGAACGGCUCCAACUCCAACUCUGCCUGCGACCCCAAACAGAGGCCGGCCUCAGUGCGGAACUGCACGUCGGAAAUGUGUGACGUUCACUGGCGGGUGUUGCCAUGGCGACGUUGCACGGCGGCCUGCGGGAGCGGUUUCCAGUCACGCAAGGUCGAAUGUGUCCAUCGCCAUAACAACAAGACCCUCCCUGACCUGCACUGUGCCUGGCAACGGCGUCCACUCACCUGGCAGCACUGCAACAUCACCUCUUGCGGCAGUGAGUGUAAGGACACGACACAUUACUGUGCGGUGGUGAAGCGCCUCAGACUCUGCCCGGUGGAGCCGUACACCCAGCGCUGCUGCCAGUCCUGCUCGCAGGACGACAUCUAGUGGUCAGUAGCAGAACUGCUCACACCCUCCCGGCAGACCCAAAGCUGACCGAUACAUCUCUAUCCAGUCCCAGCGUGUGCUGCCUCUACAGAUGUGUGAAAAAAGCUUCAAGACUUCGCUGAGUGAGUGAGGGAACAGCGCUGGCUGCACUAUUUUAGGACGUAAAGGACUCUUGUGCACAGAGUGAGCUGAGGUGGACGCCCUUUGACAGUUCAAUUCAUCACUGAAGGAGAGAAAAGCAUGAAAAAAAGAAAAAAAAAACAGCUCUUUCUCUCUUUUUUCCCCAGACUAAACCCUGUUCAUUAACGGCAUCAUGUAUGUAUUAAUUUAUGCGAGAUGUGUUUUUGGCUUUACUGAUGGAGGUAAGAAACAGAAUAUUGCUGGACCAUUCACACGUGUGAAGGGACACUGAAGUGAGCACAGAUGAAAGUGUACAUAGUGUACUGACAUUAAACCCAUCAGUCACGCACAGUUUAAAAGACAAAACAGCCUGGCUUUCUUUUUCCUCUGAUAUUUCGGUUGAGAACCUGCAUCAAUAUUACACUAAAAGAAUAUUCUAAACCUAAUCUCAAUCAGCUGCAUCUGUAUCGCGCUUCACUUCAGUGCGUUUCCCAGUCAUCAAAAUGCACAUAUAACAACAAUGUGCAGUUGCUGAAUUCUAAAUUAUAUCUUCUUCUUCUUCUUCUUUCGGCUGCUCCCUUUAGGGGUCGCCACAGCGGAUCAUCUGCCUCCAUCUUGCCCUAUCCACUGCCUCCUCUACUUUCACACCAACCAUCUCCAUGUCCACCUUCA